AUGGACGACGCGUCAAGCUAUCAGACCAUUCGUGGUAGCCUUACGAAGAACGGUCGACGACGAAGUCUCAAGACACUCUUUCAACUUCCCCUUUCAUCCCGCACAUCCAUCUAUGGCUCGAUAUCAGGGACAUUGCCAGUGGGUUCGAUUCCAGCAGAUAUUGUGCGGGAGAUAGUAGACCUGUUGGCUCCAUCGGAUAUCCUGAACUUCAGCCUCGCUUCCAAACACCUGCGAGCUAUGCUUCUGCCCGCUUUGUACGAGACAGUAACCCUGAAGUCCAGCAAGAACUGUAGGGUGACUCUAAGUAUGCUCAAGUCACGGAAGGACAUCUGUGGCUACGUGCGUAAGCUCGCCGUACGGCCAAACUAUUACCUCGCCUGGCCGCGCCCCGACGAGCAGCUCUCCGAAGAGUGGGUCGUGUCAAUGAUUGAAGAUAUCUCGAUGGAUCUCAUUUCCUUGCACACCUUUGACUGGGACGGACUCGAGCUCCCUGACGACUCUCUAUGGCAUACCCUUCGAUCAAACUGCCCCGAGCUCAAAAGUGUCUUCUCGAAUGUCGGCACGCGUCCCCUGGAUCCCUCCAGCACUCUUUUCGAUUUUUCGAACCUCACCAGCUUCUCUCUUAUCGUGCGGCACGGGCUCGGAGGAUCAGACCUCUUUCCCGAGCUCGAGGCCCUGCCUCCGAGAUUGUGGGAUAUGCUGCGCACGCGUUGCCCUGACCUACAGGAGUUGGCGAUAUGCAGCUUCUCGUCCUCUGCGCGCGUCUUCGACUUUGACCCCAUCACGGACGGUCACUGGCCAAAGCUUCACACACUGACCCUGGGUUCGUUUGGCUAUCAACAGGACUUCUCACUUGGCCCUCCAGCCCUCAAUAACAACUCGCUUUCCUCGUUUCUGGACUCUCAUACGAACCUCAAGUAUAUCCGCUUCUUAUGGAACUUCAAGCGGUGGAUGUCUCCAGACAACAUUCCCAUGCACCUUUCAGAGAAAUCAUUACCGGCGCUAGAUACCUUUAUUGGGGUGUAUCAGCAACUUGCUGAGCUACCGAAUCCACAGGUUGUUGAGACUCUUGAUCUUACAUGCGAACCGGUAUAUGAGAGCCGUUUGGAGGCCGUAUGUCCUGUACUGAGGACGCUGACGAACCUCACAAGCCUCGAUAUCUGGACCCACGUAUUUGACACUAGCCGCGACCACUCCCUCUUCUUCUUCUCUAUUCUUACAUCGUGCCCCAAGCUGACAGACUUUCAUUUCAUGUGUACCACGUCUUUUACUGUAAAACCACUUAAACAACUAAUAACACAGCUCUACCUCCUCCCCUCCCUCAAACGGUUUUCUCUCACGAAAGGACACAAAUACGUCGACGAAAGCAUGCUCUCGACGGCCUUGCGCAUUCUCAAAUACAAUCCAGCUCUGAAACAAAUCAAUAUUCGCUGGGCCCGGGAGAAGUGUCCAAAUCAUCUGAAGCAAGAGGGGUGCUAUGACGUCGUCGUUGACAAGCACGGGCGGCCUGAGGCACUAGCGGUGGUGGAGCGGGGUAUCCCGCUCUGGGGCGUCCCAUUUCUGAGAAGGUAUCGACAUCGACUGGAUAAGGGAGGACACAGUGAGUUCAGGAGAUGGGUGCGAGGGAAGAAUGUGAGGGUUAUACCCCUUUGA